UCCGAGGUUAGUCAUGGCGGCAAAGGACUCCAGCUUUCUGGGAAGCAGGAUACCACCAGAGAUUGAGUCAAUGUCGAAAAACCUGAAGGAUGUGGAUCACGAGAUGUUCAGAAGAAUCCUGAAAGCUGUGGUCAGUGCUCUGGAGGGGAAGGACUCCAGAGAAGUAAUGAAGGCCAUCGCAGAGAGCAGCGCCAUCCCACAGGAGAGACUCAGCUACAUCAUAUCUGGGAUGUACAGAGUCCUGUCUGAGGCCAUCCGUAUCCCCACAUCAUCACUCAAGCAGGAGGCCUUCAAAGAAGAUCUCAGAGAAUUAAGAAUACCUGAGGACUUUAUCACGGAUUUCUCAAGUGUGGUUUUUGGAAAUCGUCGUGCAGCACUGGAGGCAGCCUCCUCCCAGAAAGAUCCUCACCUACCAACAGUAGAGGACUUCAAAUGGAGAGUGGAUGUUGCCAUUUCUACAAGCUCUUUAGCCAGAGCCCUGCAGCCUUCUGUUCUCAUGCAGAUGAAACUGUCAGAUGGGACUUUUCACCGCUUUGAGGUGCCCGUGUCAAAGUUCCAGGAGCUCCGCUACAACGUGGCUUUGAUUCUCAAAGAGAUGAACGAUCUGGAGAAGAGGAGCAUUCUCAAAAUCCAAGACUGACAUGUAAGAACUUUGGAUGAUUAAGUGGACGUUUACUGCACACAGGACAACAUUCAUUCACUAAGUAAAAGUGUGUUUGAAAUGAUGAUAAUAAUUUGUCCGUCACUAUGUUAUUCUUUAAAGAGUGUUGGCAUCCAACAAUGUGCAUCUGUUUUCAGUGUCAAAUGAUAUGAAGAGAACAGGAGGGACAGUCUAUAGGACAAAAGAUAAGACUCUGUCCUGACUGUGUCUCAGCCUCCAUUUCACUUACUCUGUCCAAUUUUUUUUAAACAGUAAUAAAGUAAAAAAAAAGCUCCACUGUGAGAAAAACACAAGUGGAGCCAAGUGAAGUCCUAGAUACUCUGUCACUAAGUGGCCACUUAGAUUGGUGUCAGUGUGAUCUGUGUGUGAGACUGGACAUUUUGUUCACAUGCUGCUGAAUUAUGAGAAUUUGCAUGAAUGAGCAAAGAGAUUGUUUUUCAACUCGUGUCUUUUAUACCUGUUCUUUAUAAUAACGUCAGAUAAAAAAAGUGAAAUGAUGACUUUCUUUCUAAUUUUUUGUUAUUUUGUCAUGUGAACCACACAUGUCAAAUAAAACCUGUUAUUGUUUUUGCAAAGAAUAGAUUGUUUGGUCAGAGAAUGAAUCUCCUCCUGUGGCCUUUUUGUUUUGUUUUUCCACACCCAAUACGACUAAUGCAUUAGAGGGUGUAGUAACAGUUUGUUCCAACACUGUCUUUGUAUCAAUAGAAGGCUUGUGAGUCAUGAACAAAAGUUGGGACGGUUCAAUUCAGAGCUUUACUGUCCCUCAUCUGUGGGACGUUAAUGUUCCAUCCUUUAUUUGCUUGCGUAUCUAUGCGUUACUUUAUUCCGGAAAAAGACUUGUUUUCUAUAAAGCUCAUGUGAUUUUUCACUUUUUGACCUUAAAAACUGCUUCACUGUCAAUAAAACCUUGAAGAAUGUU